AUGGCGGUCUCCACAGGCAUUAAAGUUCCUCGUAAUUUUCGCUUGUUGCAAGAACUUGAAGAAGGACAAAAAGGAGUAAGCGAUGGUACGGUUAGCUGGGGCCUUGAAGAUGAUGAAGAUAUGACACUUACAACGUGGACAGGCAUGAUUAUUGAGCCACCAAGGACAAAUUAUGAAGAAAUAUAUAGCCUGAAAGUAGAAUGUGGACCUAAAUACCCAGAAGCACCUCCAUCAGUUAGAUUUGUAACCAAAAUUAAUAUGAAAGGAAUAAAUAAUUCCAGUGGAAUGGUGGAUGCACGGAGCAUACCAGUGCUAGCAAAAUGGCAAAAUUCAUACAGCAUUAAAGUUGUACUUCAAGAGCUAAGACAGCUAAUGAUGUCCAAAGAAAAUAUGAAGCUUCCACAGCCACCAGAAGGACAAACAUACAACAAUUAAUUUUAGUGGAUUUAAAACUUGUCUUAAAUCAACAACCUUCUAUUCAUGUUAAUGUCUUGAUUAAAUAUCACAAUGCAAAAUACCCACACAUUAAGUAAGAUAAUUCCAGCUGGUAAACAUGACCUGGACAUCUGUAAGAGUAUAUUUAAUAUAUGUACACCCAUUAUGUUUUCAGGUAACAGGAGGAAAAUUCAGCACAGUUUUUUUUCUUGUUAAGGCACCGUCAUUUAAGCAUGAACCUGGAGUACUCAGAGUGGAACUCAGGUUUCCAGGUGGAAGAACAGCGAGAAGUGUCAGAUGGCUGUGCAAGCAGAU